GCGGGAUGAUGUUGUCCAUGAUCUUUUUUGACUCACAUUCACAUUGACUCAAUUGUUGCUAACCUGUACAAAACUACUUCCUGGACAGACUUACUCUCGAAAUAGACCACCUCAAACUUUGGCAUUUUGCAUCUGCGCUGGUCCAACGCACCUUCCUGACCUCGUUGUUUCCCAUCAUGGCUGGCAGAGAGUUGAAUCCGCAAGAAAAGCUCUCACUCAUCAAAGACCAAUUACAAGAAGUCCUGCACGAAGACAUCCUCGAGAAUGUGAUCCUGAAAGAGCAGAGACCAUUGGUCAUCUACUGGGGAACAGCUACAACGGGUAGACCUCACUGCGGAUAUUUCGUUCCCAUGAUGAAAAUUGCACACUUUCUACGAGCCGGUUGUCGAGUCAAGAUCCUCCUAGCUGAUAUCCACGGUUUCCUCGAUAACCUCAAAGCGCCUAUUGACCUGGUCAAAUUUCGCGCAGAGUACUACAAAUACAUCAUUCAAGCACUACUGAAGGCUGUCGGAGUCAGCUUAGAAAAGCUGGAAUUCGUCUUGGGCUCCUCCUACCAGCUAAGCGCAGACUACACUAUGGACAUUUUCCGACUGAGCAGUGUGGUAACCGAACAUGAUGCCAAGAAGGCGGGUGCAGAGGUGGUCAAGCAGGUGGACAACGCCACACUCUCUGGCUUGAUUUAUCCCCUUAUGCAGGCACUGGACGAGCAGCACCUCGGAGUCGAUGCGCAGUUUGGUGGAGUCGACCAGCGGAAGAUCUUUGCUCUUGCCCAGGAGACAUUACCUAAGAUCGGAUACAAAGAGCGAGCACAUCUUAUGAAUCCCAUGGUGCCAGGUCUUGCUGGCGGCAAGAUGUCUGCUUCGGAUCCCGAUUCCAAAAUCGAUAUCCUUGAUACCGCCGAUGCAGUCAAGAAGAAGUUGCGUAAAGCCUACGCAGCAUCAGGAGAGGUUGAGGGAAAUGGUCUCAUCUCUUUUGUGGAAUAUGUCUUGCUUCCAAUCAGUUCCCUACGCGAUCCGGAAGGCAAAGGGCGCUUCGUGUGCGAGCGACGAGAAGGAGAGGGAGAAUCGUUGGUUUAUCAUGAUAUUGAGACAUUGAAGGAGGACUACCGGAUAGACAAGCUGACACCUCAGCUGCUCAAGGCAGGCGCUACUGUUGCUCUAGUCGACCUGCUGGCCCCGAUCCAAGCCGAUUUCCAGGCGUCGCCCGAGUGGCAGGAGAUCGAGAAGAAGGCCUACCCUCCUGCAGAGCCUGUAAAGAAGAAAAAGCAGCCCAAAGAUAAGGGUUCAAGGUACCCUGGCGGAGCAAACGUCAAGACUGAUCCUGAUGGUACGGUUGAAGGCAAAGGAAAGGAAGAGGUCGAGGUUGGCAAGACCGCUGGAGAUGCCAUGUCAAAGCUGGAGAUCAAUGGUGAUGAUGCUGCACAGGCUUGAUGGUCCGGGGAAUGCCAUUCUCCUCACCUCACAACAGGAUGAACUUGCAGACAAUCUCACGAGCAGCAUCUUGUCUAACUGCCACCGCCCAACAUGAAUAGGUCGCACAGAUGCACACACUCGAAGCAGCUCCUUCUGUCGAAGUUUUAGCGCGAAUUCUGGCGACAAGCUGAGUCUGGGCCUCGCCAGCUCCUAGAGAGGGUUCGACGACGA